UAGCAGAUACGCUUUGGUCGUCGAAAUAGAUCAAAGUUGACAAACCGAGGCAUUAAACACGAAGAGAAAAAUAGCGUAUUCCUUCUGCCGGCAAAAAUGUCGGCCACAAAGUUCAGUGUGAUGGUGAGCCUCUUCAACUGGAUGCAGAAGAGCAAGUCCUCCUCCCUCAAGCGCUCCAAAUUCCGCAAGUUUCUCGACACCUUCUGCCGCCCCAAAAACGGCGCCGACUACUUCGCCGCCAUCCGCCUCAUCCUCCCCGCUCUCGACCGCGAGCGCGCCUCCUAUGGCCUCCGCGAGCACGUCCUCGCCACCUGCCUCAUCGACGCCCUCGGCAUCUCUCGCGACUCUCCCGACUCCCAGCGCCUCCUCAACUGGCGCAAGGGCGGCGCCAAGUCCGGUGCCUUCGCUGGAAACUUCGCUCUCGUCGCCGCCGAGGUGCUUCAGCGGAGGCAGGGAAUGUCUUCAGGGGACCUUACUAUACUAGAGUUAAAUGAACUACUUGAUCGUUUAUCCACUUCUGAGAAUAGAUCAGAAAAGAUUUCUGUUCUUUCUGAACUGAUAAGGAAAACAAAUGUUCAAGAAAUGAAGUGGAUAAUCAUGAUAAUUCUCAAAGAUCUUAAGCUGGGAAUAAGUGAAAAGAGCAUAUUUCAUGAAUUUCACCCUGAUGCUGAGGACUUAUUCAAUGUCACCUGUGAUCUAAAACUCGUUUGUGAAAAGUUACAAGAUCGCAGUCAGCGGCAUAAGCGACAGGACAUUGAAGUUGGCAAACCUGUCCGACCUCAACUAGCUUUGAGAGUGAGCAAUGCUGCUGCUGCCUGGAAAAAGCUUCAUGGAAAGGAAGUAGUCGUUGAGUGCAAAUUUGAUGGUGAUCGCAUCCAAAUCCACAAAAAUGGAGCUGACAUAAAAUUUUUCUCAAGGAAUUUUCUUGAUCAUCCAGAAUAUGGAUAUGGCAUGUCAGACAUUAUAAGAGAGAAUAUUCUGGUGGACAGAUGUAUUCUUGAUGGUGAAAUGCUGGUCUGGGACAAAUCUGCAAAUCGUUUUGCAGAGUUUGGUUCAAAUCAAGAAAUAGCCAAGGCUGCCAAGGAUGGGCUCGAUAGCGAUCGACAGUUGUGCUAUAUUGCGUUUGACAUCCUUUAUGCUGGAGAUACCAGUGUUAUUCACCAGAGCUUGAAGGAGAGGCAUCAACUUCUUCAGCAAUUUGUCAAACCUAUAGUAGGUCGUUUGGAAAUUUUGGUUCCUAAUGGCGGCCUUAAUACACAUCGUCCUGCUGGGGAACCAUGUUGGUCUCUAAUUGUUCAUGAUGUUGAUGGCAUUGAAAGGUUUUUCAAAGAAACCAUUGAUAACAGAGAUGAAGGAAUCGUCCUGAAAGAUCUCAGCUCUAAAUGGGAACCUAGUGAUCGUAGUGCAAAGUGGAUGAAGUUGAAGCCUGAUUACAUCCGAGCAGGCUCCGAUUUAGACGUUCUUAUAAUAGGAGGUUACUACGGUUCUGGACGUCACGGAGGCGAGGUAGCACAAUUUCUUGUGGGCCUUGCAGAGCGUCCAAGCCCAAAUGCAUAUCCAAAACGAUUUCUUUCAUUUUGCAGAGUGGGUACAGGACUUUCUGACGAAGAGCUCAAUGCUGUUGUCACCAAAUUGAAGCCCUAUUUCAGGAAGUAUGAAUAUCCAAAGAAACUGCCUCCAAACUUUUAUCAAGUUACAAAUAAUUCAAAGGAGAGGCCAGAUGUUUGGGUUGAGAGCCCAGAAAAAUCAAUUAUAGUUUCCAUAACCAGUGAUAUUCGAACAAUCAGGUCAGAGGUAUUUACUGCUCCAUAUAGCUUGAGAUUUCCGCGGAUUGAUCGUGUGAGAUAUGACAAGCCUUGGCAUGAGUGCCUUGAUGUCCAGUCUUUUGUUGAAUUAGUCCAUUCAAGCAAUGGUACUAUGCAAAGGGCAAUGGACGACACAGUUAUUCCGGAAAAUAACCCAAGACGUAAAAAGUUAUCUAGAGGAACAAAGAUGAAUGUCUCUGUUGUUCCUUCCCACUUCAUUCAAACUGAUGUUUCUGGGGUUAAGGGUGAAACAUCGAUAUUUUCAAACAUGAUAUUCUACUUUGUUAACGUGCCUAUAUUGCAUUCUCUUGAUUCCUUGCACAAAUUGGUGGUUGAGAAUGGCGGCACUUUUUCAAUGAAUUUGAACAGUUCGGUUACUCACUGUAUAGCAUCUGAAAGUAAAGGAAUCAAAUUUCAAGCUGCAAAGCGCCAGGGAGAUGUUAUUCAUUACUCUUGGCUCCUUGAAUGUUGUUCGCAGAAGCAGUCCCUCCCUUUACACCCAAAGUAUUUUCUUUUUCUAUCCGAGGAAACAAAGAAAAAGCUGGAAGAAGAAGUUGAUGAGUUCUCCGAUUCCUACUUUUUGGAUUUGAAUGUGACAGAACUGCAACAGAUAUUAAACAACAUCAAUAAGAUUGAAGAUUCCAAAGCAAUAGAGUACUGCAAGAAAUUCUGUCCCAGGGAGGAGUGGGUACGCUUUCAUGGUUGUCGUGUUUACUUCCAUCUACCCAGGCAAUCUUUAAAAUAUAGAAACUGGGAAGUUCCAUUUGAACUAGCUAUUAGAAGGAUGAAGGUUGGAAUCUGCAGUGGAGGUGGCAGUAUUGCAGACACACUUUCUCAUGCUACUCAUUUGGUGAUUGUCUGUAGUCCAGAACUUGGUUUCGACUUUGAUACACUUUUGAAUAGUUUUUCAGAAGCACAGAGGCUUCUUUUGCACCGUAGAAAUUUGCAAAUUGUAAAGUCCCAGUGGUUAGAUGAUUGUUUUGAGAGAAACCAGAAGUUGCCUGAGGACAUAUAUAAUUUGAAGCCCUUGCAGUUCCAACAAGUAUCAAGUGGGGAGAGUGAUGAACACAAACUUGCUGGAGAAGAAAAUGAUAGCUUGUCGAGGGAUGCUUCGUCUUCUUUUGGAGGGGUGAGAGAAGAGUAUGCUGCACCACACGAGCCAAGAGUAGUCAGCCUGCCGGAUAGGGUCACGAAAAGGAGAAGAGGCAGACCCACUGGGACGAGUACUGGAAAAUGCAAACCACUGGCCAAUCUGCCCCGGAAAACAAGACCACGGGCUGGAAAAAAGCCUGCUAAGAUCAGUGAAUAUGAAUCCGAUAAUGAUGCUUCUUCUGGUGACAAGGCACACUUUGAAGUCAGCAGCGCAGAUUGUGGGAGUUCCGCAAAGGUAGACAAUAGAAAGAGAGCAGCUGUAAAUCAACCUAGAAGAGCAAGGGCAGCCCGGCUUAGAAAAAAGCCCGUCGAGAUCAACGACGACGAAUCAGAAGAAGGCGCAGCAGCAGUAGAGGAGAAAACCUCGGAUGGAAAUUUCAACCCUAAUCCAACAACAAAUGAGAGGCUCCGCGACACUUCAAGCCAACAGCCGGUUCCCGAUUUGCAUCAGACCGAGGCAGUGAAAGGUUCUAUACCAGAUACUGGCAAAGCAGUCGAACAAGAGAUUGCAGAACCGAGCGAGUACAUUGCAAGAUUUGACAAGUCUGGAGUCGGGCAGAGCAGCAGCAAGAACCCAAGUGAAGAAUAUGUUGAUCCGGUUCAGUCGAUGCUACUAAGCAUGUUACCGGGACUUGCAACGAACAAGGUGGAGAGUGUGGGACCGGUUCGUGAAGAGGCUGGAACAAGAGCUCCUGAUCAUGUCAAUGAAGAAUAUAAAGUGGGAAUGGAUGCAGAAAAUAAAGCAGUUAAGAAACGGAAAGUAAGCUACAAGGAUAUGGCAAGUGAACUUCUCAAGGAUUGGUGAAGUUAACUCAGCUUGUAUAUAUGCUAGAAACACUGAUGGUGGCUAUGAACUUUUCAUUUUGGUUCCA